AAUUCCAUUAAAUCAUCUACAUCUGUUUUCAUUUUUCUGCUGUAUCUAUGCUGCUACAAUAAUAUAAUUCUCCUAGCUCAGCAUUCUAAAGUCAGCCCCACAAUUUAUAACCUGGAUCCAUUACUUACCUUCCUAUGUGCCGAUCUAUUGAAUUGAAAUACUGUCUUUAUAGUAAUUCUUCGUAAUAUCUAUUACAGAUCAAACCAAGCCAAACAACUCCAUUUCGAGCUCAUUUCUUCUCUGGCUUCUAUGUUAUUACCUGACUCCUGUAGGCAAGAGACACCAUUGCCUCCAUUUUAUCCCUGCUUCUACACUUCUUACCUCUCAGUCUCUUCUGUAGAGGUUUUGUGCUCCGAAUUCUAAAAGUCAGUUAUUGCAAAGCCAACAGUAAUUUCUCCAUUCUCAUAUGACUUGGUUUCUCAGCGGCAUUUGACAUCAGUGGAACACUUCCUUUUCCUUGAGUUACUGUCUUGGAUUAGGCGGCCCUAUGUUGUCCAGGUGCUGCACACACCUUGCUGGUUCUUUUUCCUCUAACAGUUGUCAAAAGUCAUUGGCCAUUUUCUCAUAUCUAUACAUACUCUACCAAUUGUCUCAACCCAUCUGCAGUCAAGACCUCUCCCAUGUGUGCCAGACUCCUAUCCCAUUGCUUGCUUGAAACCUUGCGUGCUUCAAACAGACACCUCAUGAUUCAUAUGGCUGAAAAAAAGCAUUUGCUUUCCCACUGAAAUCUGCUUUGGGCUGCUCUAGAAUUUUUUGCUAUUCUCUUUUUUACUCCCACACCCAUAUAUAUCAGUAUGUCUUUCUUUUAGCUUUCAAGACUUCCAGAAUUUGUCUCCUCACCAUCUUUUUCCAUAAAACUCUUUCCUAGGCUAAGAUGGUCUCUCACUUGCAAACAAACCAUAGGCUCUGACUGCUUCCCUACUACUUCUUGCCCCCUUACAGUUCUUCAUAAAGCAGCCAGAAUGCUCUUCCUAAAGCAAUGAUCAGACCCUAUUUUUCUGAGGUUAACAUUUGUUAAUUUCAUAAGAUACUCAGGAUAAAAAUCUAGGCGCUCUAUCACAAUUAGAAGUUCUUUGACUUUGAAUUCCACAGCCUUCUUCCUGCUCCCUGAACAUGACAAGCAGAGCAUCGUCUUAAAACCUUUGAACCCCGUUUUGCUGUUGCUGCUUAGAGUAAUUUUAUCCCGGAUCUUUGCAUGGUUGCCCUUCAUGAUUCAGAUCUUCAGCCAAUGUCAUCUUGUCAGAGAGGCCCUCCACAAUUAUCCCAGCCAAAUGGCCCCCACCAUGACUUGCAAAGGCAAUAUCUUAAUUUAUACAUGUUCUCACACUUAUGAAUAGAGUACAAACAUUAACUUAUUCUUACUUUGUUCACCUAGUUAUUGUGUGCUCCCAUUUUAGGAUUAUAAACUCCCUGUGUUUCUAACAUUCCUUUGUCUCUGGAGCCUAGAACAGGAACCUUUUAUUAUUUGAUUCUUACUACCCAGAUCUGUGCCUGGCCCAGCACUGGUGCUCAGGAAAUACAUACUAAAUAAAUUACUCUAAAAUUCACACAUAAAUAAUUACACAUAUGAUACAUUUUACCUUGGAGUACUGUUAAUGGAAAAAAUGCAGCAGCAGCCAGAAUAUGACAGUGAUAACAUUAGCUGACAAGCACUAGGUACUUACUACGUGACGCGGAUUUUGAACAAUGGCUUUGUGGGGAAAUUGCAUUCAAACUUUACAACAAACCUGUGAGAUUGAGAUUAUUAUGACCUACUAUCAUUUUAUAAGUGAGGAAAGAGGCUUGGAGAAAAGUUCAAUAACUUGCCCAACUUCAUACAUUAUGGAACAAUAGAACUGGGGCUUGAAUCCAGCCCAGAAAGAAACCAAAGGCAACAACCCCACCCCUUGCACUGUGUCAGCAGGUGGGAGAGGGCAGUCACUGCGUAGAAGUGACUGCUGUGGAGGGCUGUGAAAGGCCCUGAGGCCAAUGUGAACUCCCACCCCAGCAGAGUGAUUUUUCAGCCUCUGAUUUUAGAUGUGUCUCACUAUCAUUUUCACCCAUCUGUCUCAGUUUUACCUCUUUCUUUCUGAGAUGUGGUUGUGCACAGUAAUUCAUUUCGUUUAACAUAUGUAGGUAUUUUUCCAUCAGACGUCUGUAAAUGCUGGUGGCAUUUGGCAAUCUAAGUAAACUGUUAUAGUUCAAGACCAUUCCAGAGACAAGGACUGAGUAAAUAUUAACAACCCCCAUGCUUGGAUGGAACUUAAAAGGACUGCAUAACACCCAUGAGCAAGCUUUUGUCAGUCACAAUCUAGACCAGAUUAGUCUUAAAGUCCAAGGAAGAACCAAAGUUCACGUUAGUGCAGAGAUUUCUGCUCACGUCUCCGGGGAUUGUUUGCAAGUUUAAAGAAAAGAAAAUGAUGAAGGAGAAAGAGAAAACGAUUGCUAUUGUGCAGGUUAUAGACCCUUCGAAGUUAAAACUGUUAUCUGAAAGAAUUUUGGAUGUAUACAGCGACGAGCAGGGACCUUCACCAGUUAAUAUGGGGCUUACAAGUGCUUCCUGCCCAAGCAGUCUACCAAUGAAAAGAGAAAUUACAGAAACUGACACUAAAACAUUGGCAAAAGAGAGACAAAAAAAGGAUAAUCACAACCUCAUUGAAAGAAGAAGAAGGUAUAAUAUUAAUUACCGAAUCAAGGAGCUUGGCACUCUUAUUCCAAAGUCUAAUGAUCCUGAUAUGCGCUGGAACAAAGGCACCAUUCUGAAAGCAUCAGUGGAGUACAUCAAGUGGCUACAAAAAGAACAGCAGAGAGCCCGAGAGUUAGAGCGCAGACAGAAGAAGUUAGAACAGGCAAACCGGCGACUUCUACUCCGGAUUCAGGAACUAGAAAUCCAGGCGCGUGCUCACGGUCUGCCAACCCUGGCUUCACUCGGUGUGGUUGACUUGGGUGCUCCGGUCAUCAAACAGCAGACUCAUCUUGAGCAGCAUUCAGCAGACUAUUGCCAACAACUGACUCUAUCUCAAGAGCCAAGUCCUGAGCUUUCUGAUCAAGCUAUGGCCUUCUCGGAUCCUUUGUCACACUUCACAGACUUAUCAUUUAGUGCUGCUUUGAAAGAGGAACAAAGAUUAGAUGAUAUGCUACUGGAUGGCAAAUUAUCUCCAUUUGGAGCAGAUCCUCUGCUAUCUGUCACUUCUCCUGCAAUUUCCAAAGAGAGCAGUAGAAGAAGUAGCUUUAGCUCAGAUGAUGGUGAUGAAUUAUAAGAAAUAAACAGGACCAAUUCAUCAACUGGGAGGAAACCUAUGCUGGUGCUAUGCAAUUUCAUUCUGUGUUUGUUGGAUUGCCUUCAUUUUUCUGAAAGGAAUACGUUGUUCAUGAAAACUGGACUGAUGAGAGGCAACAGAAGAAUUCACAGGAGGAAAAGUCAUGGUGUGCUUAUCAAGAGGUACUGCACACUCUCUACUGGUGUUUUACGGGCAGCAACUUGGUGAUACACUAUUGAAACUAACAGACUGAAAAUAUUAAUGCAAUCAUUUGCUUAAUAUUUCACUUCCAUCUUUUCCUAUUCAACUCUUACAAUGUUAGUUUUAAUGAAUCAAGAUCAACAAUUAUAGCGGUCACAGCUUCUUUCUAUUGUUCAAUGUACAUAUAAUCUAAAGUUCAAGCCUUUUGGGGAAAAUACUUAUAAAACAGAUUAUCUGUGAUUUGUAAGUGAAAAGUUAGUCUAAAAUAAACAUGAAAAAUGUCCACAAUAAAAUACAGAAAAUGAUUAAAAACAUCAGUUACUAAAGCCAGAUCCUAAUUUCCUUAUUCAGUUCAAUUACAGUCUCCAUGCUCUGUGGAGAAAGGGGAACAUUUUGAAUAUUUUCCUCAAGAAUAUGGACUAGAAUUUAUCCCUUCACAGAAAGAUACACACACACGUAUACGAUGUAGGUAGCAUGUGUUCUUUCUUCCGUUUUUAUUCUUCUGAUUAUUCAAAUAGCACCAAAGAGAUGUUGGAUAAUCAAUUUCAGUAAACAAAAUAUAAAAGUUCCCUCUACGGGGACAAUAUGUCAGAUGUUUAUAACUUAUCAUCAUGUUCAAUUCUGGACAUAAGUUAAUUAGCUGUUGAUACAGUUUUGCUCCAAAUUGACAAAAUAUUGAUAAUUGGAAUGUCAACUGCCAAAAUGAUUAGUAAAACAAAGCUAUUUCUUUUUCAGUUCUCAAUGAAGUUGUAUUCCCAUAGGUACCUAGAAUUUCCUGUAAUGUUUGGUUGCAUUGUCAGCUUUUAUUGUAAAUAUUUAUAUUAUGAUGCCUCACCCAGUUUUAUCUCUAGAUCUUGUUUUAGUUUUGGUAAUUGAGUUACUGAAAGCAUGUUGCUCCCUGCAGAAUCUCCAUGAGUUUCAUCCAGACAACAAGAAUUUAAGGAGGAUACACAGAAUUGUAGUCAUUCCUGUGAAAAUGUAGAACAGAUGAGAAAGAUACAGUCUUACUCCUCACAAAGCCAAUAAGAUUACAGAAUAAGCAUCAAAAAUGGAGAGAAGAAAUGUAGAAUUAAAGUCUGCAAACACAGAUCCAACAAAGAAAAUUAGUGACAAGAUCUGUGGGAAUAAUAGAACUUCACCUCUCUUUUAAGGGCAUAAGUUGGGUGAAAGUGUGUCCAUAUAAGGGAAUGUCAACUAAAUGAUACAAGAAUAAGUUGAGGGUAUUCUGAUUGAACACUCAUUAGAAAUAGCUGAGCAGCCUGGAAUAUGACUGUUGGGAAGUUCUAGAAAAUAAUAGUGGCAACAGAUCGGGGUGGGAGGGUCUUUAAAAAGUAGAGUGAAAUGACUGAGUAUAAAGAAAAUUUUUACUGGGAGGGAGAAGGCUAGAGAUUAGAAUACAUAUCACUAACUUAGAUAAGUAAUCUUGCAUGGACAUUAAACUUAAGAAUAAAUCUUUGAAAGAUCUUUCAGGUAUUUCUUACAUGGAAAAUACAUCAUAAAAUCUAAUAUAGGGAAACAUUAAAUACUGAUGCUGUAAUGAUUAUUCCAGGUUUUGCUUACACAAUUAGCUCAGAUUUUGGAAAAUCAAAAAUAAUUUUCAUUGUUUGACAUGGAAAAAUAAUUACUAAUUUCUAAUAAUGAUUAUUAAAGCCAUAUAGAUGAGUUCAUAUAACAUACUCCAUGUGAAAGAGAACAGCUCAAUAUACUUUGUCAAAAAUUUUCAAGAGGUUAUAUACCUUUAACUUUAUAUAAAAUUUCACUUUAUUAUCUGAGUUGACAAUUUCAUUUAAUAUUGGAAAGGAUCUUAUUUAAGAAAGAUUAUGUUUUAGGGUAACAGAAAAAACACCAUUCAGGGAAGAGGCUGAUUUCUUUCUUUUACUUCCUUUUUUUUUUUUUUUUUUUUUUUUUUUUUGACAGGCAGAGUGGACAGUGAGAGAGAGAGAGAGAAAGGUCUUCCCUUUUCCGUUGGUUCACCCCACAAUGGCCACUGCAGCCAGCGUGCUGUGGCCAGUGUAAAGAUUUAUGUUACUUAUUUGAAAUGCAGAAUUACAUAGAGAGAGGGAGAGACAGAGAAAUUGAGAGAGAAAGAGAAUCUUCCAUCCACUGCUUCACUCCCCAAAUGGCUGCAACAGCCAGGGCUGGGCCAGGCCGAAGCCAGAAGACAGGAGCUUUAUCUAGGUUUCCUACAUCAGUGGUAGGGGCCCAAGCACUUGGGCCAUCCUUUACUGCUUUUACCAGGCACAUUAACAGGGAGCUGGAUCUGAAGUGGAGCAGCCAGGACUUGAACCGGCUCUCAUAUGAGAUGCCAACAUUUCAGACAAAACGCUGAACCACAUUGCCAGCCAAUUUCCAUUCUCCUUUUAUUUACUAUUCUCAUUCCUCCUAUUUUGAGAAAACUUGUACUAAUGACAUCACUGCUCUGUCAUCAUUUUCCAUUUUGUUAAUGUUACUACUUGGACCUGAAACCUAUUCCUCAUAGUUGACGUAAAGACUUGGUAGGUGAUGGUAGAUCCUGGACACACAAGAUGUGAUGAGUGAGGACUAAUACUUGCUGUUGCAUUCAGAUCAUGAGAUGGCAGGAAAUUGUAAAAUGUGUAAUGGAUAUGAAAAAGUAGAAUAAAAACUAGGACUGUGUCCUAAUAAAUUAAAAUAUAUUGAAAAUCAGACAGUGGUUCUUAACUUUAUAAGGCAUGGUUCCCUUGAAACUUUAAUGAAAUGUAUAGACCUUUCUAGAAAAAAGUUGGAACUCUAUCUAAGGAAAAUAAUUUGCAUGUAUCAAGAGUUUUAGGGACAUCCAAAAUGUCUUGUGGGAUCCAAUAUGAAAAAUUCCUGUGUCAGAUCUGUUACUUUAUACAGCUAUGUAGCUAUGUUUCUAUCAAGAGAUAAGUAUGCAGCUAAUGUCAUCUAUAAUGAUAUGGAGGGAAACCUACUUGUCGGAGUAUCACUGUCCAAAUUCUAAUAGCUAUGAGAUAAAAGUAUACCAGUGUUACAUUAUUCACUAAGAAAUUUGUUAACUUAUAAAGUAAUACACUUUCAAAUUUUCACCACCCACUUCUUCCUUCUCCUUAUUGAAACUUCAGCUUAUUUUCUGAUGCUCAUAUGACUGUAAAUACAAUAUUUAAUAACUCUUUCAUUUAAAAAAAGUAGAAACAAUUUCUUGAUUUUGUGUGCUCAUUUUCAAUAGUGUUAGGGGAGGAGUUAGACCUCACAACUUAAAAAAAUACAUAUUUUUAUUUUGUUUUGUUGGUCUGAGUCAUAUUGGAAUUUUUUAAUACUUCAGGGUAUCAUGUUCUGUUCUGAUAAUGUGGAAUAUAAAUAUUUAAAUAAAUUUAUGGUGGAACCAAGUAUUCUGGAGGUCUUCAAAACGUCUCUUGGCUGAUAUUUACCAGCUUUGAUAUCUAAGAUAUGGACAAAAUCUGGAAUCAGUUUAUUAGCUGGAAUCAUUCUGCUGUGUCAUCAGCAUUAGAUCAACAUCCUGGGUUACUGGAAAAUACAUGAAGGAUUGAAUCUUGCUUCAGUAUUCAUAUGGCAUAGUCUGAAUGUGCUACCUGGAAUUACACCAUUUACUCCUCCAGUGUCCCAGAUGUUGAUAAGUAAAAGCUAUUUUGAGUUAAUGUAUGUUGCAUAUACAGAGAUUUCAAGACAUUUACUCAAUAAGUGCUAAAUACAUAUGGAGUGUUGCUGAUCUAAUGUGCAAUAGAACCCCCCUGUAAUCAGUUAUUCAUUGACACACUAGUAUUUUACUAUUUGUAUUAUUUUAAAUUUGAAAACAGUUAAACAAUUCAAAAAUUGAGAAAAAAGAGGCUUUCUUAAAAAUGUGUGGAAAGUUUCUCUGUGGGUUUCAUAGACAAUUUGAUUUUUGAGAUUCUCAGGCUGCUUAUUUUGAUCCUUGAAAAAAAAAUCUCCCUCAUGAUUCAAUCAAUUUGAUGAUGAAGUGCUGCUGUCUACUGCUUUAUAUGUAAAAGGGAACUUAUUACCUUCUUGUAAGGGUAUUUUUAUAUGUGUUUCUACAUAAUCAAAUGAUCUUCUGUAAAAUUAGUAUCUACAUGACCCAAUAGGCUUAAAAAUAAAAUUAUUGACUUCUCUGUUUGCAACGUUAAUUUUCCCACAGCACUAUGUACCUUUCAAUUUCAAAGAUUCUGCCUUUUCUAGCUGAUUUUCUCCUCAGAAAUGUUUUGUUUGCGUAUUAAUUAAAGCUGGUUGUUACAUGUAGUAAAUAAAAUAGACAAAAGAAAAGGGAGACAUGUUAGUGAAAGAAUUACAUACAAUCAUUGUUACAUCAUUUAAGGUGUAACUAGUGAAGUUUAAAAGCAAACUAAACUGAAGGAUGUUAUCUAUCAGUACAGCAGUUGCUUAUGGCAUACAAAGCAAAAAUUAAUUCAGCUAUUUAAUCUUUUUUUUUUUUUUUUGACAGGCAGAGUGGAUAGUGAGAGAGAGAGACAGAGAGAAAGGUCUUCCUUUUGCCGUUGGUUCACCCUCCAAUGGCCGCCACAGCUGGCGUGCUGCGGCCAGUGCACCACGCUAAUCCAAUGGCAGGAGCCAGGUGCUUCUCCUGGUCUCCUAUGGAGUGCAGGGCCCAAGCACUUGGGCCAUCCUCCACUGCACUCCCGGGCCACAGCAGAGAGCUGUCCUGGAAGAGAGGCAACCGGGACAGAAUCUGGUGCCCUGACUGGGACUAGAACCCCGUGUGCCGGCACCGCAAGGUGGAGGAUUAGCCUAUUGAGCCGCGGCACUGGCCUAGCUAUUUAAUCUUAAGAAUAACAUUGCAGUUAAAAACCUUUGACUUUAAUAGCAUUAUAUAUAUAUAAGUAGCUGAAGUAACAUUCCAGUAAUUUUAAUCUAACACUUGUUAGAUUAAAAAAACAUUAUUACCGUAAUAAGACUGUAGAAUUUGUAAUUAUUGCUAUUUUUCAUUUUUAAUAAAAGGUAAUGUAUCUUUAUUUUCUUAGAAAAUGAAAAACAUUCAUUGGUGUACUUUAUUUUUUAAAUUUUUAUAUUACCAUUAAGAGAACAGUUUCCUGUAUUUCAAAGAUAAAUUCAAAGAACUAAAGACUAAAGGAUACUUCCUCACUCCUCCUUUUUUCCUUUUUUCUUUUAAUUUUUGCAAUAACAUAUUUUCAAUUUAUUUUAUUUUAUUUUGCAUUAAGAAUGCUUUAUUUAUCUUAAAGUAUGUACAACAUUGCCAUACAAUGGAAACAUUUACACUGUAUCUACAAAACUUGACUUUGCUAUAAUAAACACUGUAUUUCUGUAAAGAGACCCUGAAAAUUCCAAUUUACUUUAUAAUAACAGGCUUAGUACUCCACUAAAUAUAGUGUUCAACAAGUAAAAAGUAGAAAAUACACAUGAAUCUUUGUACAGAUCUUUUAAAAUGUGCCAAUAUUUUCUUUGCAUAUAUUAAAUGAAAGAUUAUAAUUA